AUGGAAGUACGCGUUUUAGGAAAUUUUAUUACUUUUGGGGAACGAUAUUAUAAAAAAUCUAAAGAUCAACCUGAAGAUUUCCCUCAUAAUUCGUACAAUAAAAGUUAUCAACCUGGAGAAUUAAAUAAUAAUUAUAAACUCUAUGAGGGGUUCAAUAGAACCUCACAAGAAACAAGUAGACUGGACGACUUUGAAGAAGAACUUUGUACUUUCGAUAAUACAGUCAUUUGGAGUAGGGGAAAUAUCUUAUAUAAAACCUUCACGUAUGAAGAGCCAGUUGUGCAGGCUUUAUUCGUUUGGUUUAAGGUGGCAAAAAGUUAUCAUUCCUACUAUCUUGAAAAACGUUCAGAAACUUAUCAUAAAAAACCCUUGCAAACGGAAAGACAGCGUGCUCUCUUUGUGCUCCUUGAAAAUUACGCCAAAGUGUACUUCUUAGACGGUCAACAUUUCUUGAUAAGAGUCCCCUCUCACGUACGUUGUGCUUGGGCGAUGAACAUUGGCGUUAUCCUUCAACGUGAUUCGGAGGAUGAAUAUUCCUUAAAUAUAUCUAAUUUCACAGCUGGUCCCUUCCCGGUUCUUUAUAGUAUAUUAGACCCUUUAGAGAAUAUCAAACCUAUUUCAAUUGUGGAUAAGAUAAUUUGUGAGGGAGAGAAGGUCAAAAUAUUAGGAAUAACACGACCUUUUUCGGAUAAUGAAGAAGUCGUGAUUUUUGUCAAUGAUCGCGAUGAUCAAGGAAACAAUCUUAUUAUAGUUACGUUAAGUCGUAAAACUCUUAGGCAUUCUGUAUAUAGGUAUGCUAUAAAGAAAGAAAAUAGUUUAAAAAUGUUGGAAAGUAUUUGCUCAUCUCCCAUCAAAACCAGCAAUCGAAGAAGUUCAAACGUUCGUUCUGAUAAUUCAUUGCAAAAUAAAGAGCGACGAAUCUCUAUUGGACUUGAUGAUUCAUUUCAAGGUUCCGAAGGAAGAACUUCUCUUCAAAGUGUGGAUCGAACUUUAUACGCGACUGGUGUUAAUUCAGAUGACAUGUAUAAUGAUUUAAGAUUCAAAUCCGAUAUGAAAAACGAUAUUUAUAUGGAAUUACUUUGGACGGAACCUGUAGCGAAAAUUGGAAAAUUUGAGGACAGCAUAGUAUUUAUAGCUCACGACUUUGAUUGUCACGAAAUUUUAUGUAUAUUUACUAAAUCCAAUCAAAAUUUCAUUGCAUUGGAUAUUUUUGCUCAUUCGGAUGGGUUAAAAGCUUUAUUCAAAUUUGAGUCCAAGGUCAUAGCAGCCUCUCCGAUUUCUGCAACUAGACUCAAUUACAAUGAUAUUUUAUUUGUAAAGGAAG